GGACCACAAUGGCGGCUUACAGAAACGUGAAUGUCAGUCUAUUUCUUAAAAGCAUUUCUUCUUUAAUUGUAAUUUGAAAUAUUAUAUCGCAUUAUAUUAAAGUUUUUUAUUUUUAUUAUUCGCACUCUGUCACUGCUUGUAAAUUGAUUUUACGAAACAGUGUCGCCUUUUGCUCUUUGGUUGCUGUUAUUUCAGGGUGUAGGUUGUCUUUCUCUUUCUUGCUUUCCAGAAAAGAUCCAGAGUGCUUUGAGCUCAAAGGUAAUGGCCCUGUCAGGGAGGCUACUGAAACCCUCUGGGAUAUCCUGGAGGCAUCUCUUUCAACUGCACAUCACCUGUCCUGUCACAGUGAACAUCCGAACUGUGUAUGAACGGGACUACCGCAGACCAGGCCAGGCUCCGGACACACGAUGGCCCUGGCAGAAGAUAAAUUUUGACUUUUCAAAGGGUGUGGAGGGGGUAAAGAAGCACUUUGGGCUCCUGAAGGACGAGCUCAUGGAGCGCUGGUCAGGACCCGAGGGACGGCCGCUGGAGGUGCAUAUGUUGGAGCAGACGCGUGUGCUGUGGGAGUUCCGUGGCCCAGAGUCAAUCAGUCAGUGGGUGGUCACCUCGGACAGGGAGAUCGGUGGCCGCAGUGAGGCCUAUAUAAAACUGGGAAGGAAUAAUUCCACUUGCAUGCUGUAUGGCUCUUUGUGCUCGGCUCCACCACGGGAUGGAGAGACACGCUACAGCGGAUACUGCACUCUGCGCUCCAAACAGCCUCGGUCUUCAUUCGACAGAAAGAAGCACUUUGAUUGGUCAAACUUUAACACGCUGUAUUUGCGUAUCCGUGGAGACGGGAGGCCGUGGAUGGUGAACAUCUCAGCAGAGACUUACUUCUCUCACCAGAGAGAUGACAUGUACAGCUACUUCAUGUACACUCGAGGGGGUCCGUACUGGCAGGACGUCAAGAUCCCCUUUUCUAAAUUUUUUCUCUCAAGCCGUGGGAGAGUACAGGACGACCAGCACGCCCUCUGGCUCGACAAGGUGAACACUAUCGGCUUCACGCUGGGAGACAAAGCGGACGGACCGUUUCAGUUAGAGAUCGACUUCAUCGCUGUGUGUAACGACCGCGCUCACAUAGAGGAGUUCGCGUAUGAACUCUACAAGAGGAACCCGGAAGUUUAACAAAGAUGGAGUUGAACUGUGACCCUGGACUGGAUAGGAAUGUGUUGGGUGCACAAACUUUUGAAAGAAACACACGGGGACCCAGGAAUUAUAAAACACAAUGCUUGUUUAACAGUUAAAGA